CCACAUCUCCCCCCCUGGAAUCCCCCCGCAGCUAAUCAUCCCAUUACGAGCCCCAUCAGCGGAAUAAUGACAGCCAAAGAGGGCGGAAACCGCCCGGAAAGCGGGGGGGACCAGGGCAGCAAUUAAUUCCCGUUAAUGAACCUACAAGGUGUCGCCGCCGGGGAGUGACACCCCCAAACACCCGGCGGCCAAUGGGCGCGUUCUUCCCGGGGGGGCCGGGGUCCCCCCGCUAAGGGGGCAAAGCGCUUGGGGGUUCCUCCCCUUGAGCCCCCCCCCCCGAGCGCGGUUCCUGCCGCUGUCCGAGGUGCUGAUGGCUCCGCCGGCCCCGCGGUGACUCCGGUUCCCCCCCCCCGCCGGGUGCUGUCCGAGGUGCUGGUGGGAAGGGGGGCGCCGCGGCGGCCCGACGGCUGGCCACCCCCUCCGCCCUCCCCUCGCCCUUCCCCAUCGAUUUCUGGAUCAUUAAGCGGUUAAGGCGCUGCGAAGCAUCACUAUCGAUCGCUGCCUCCCCACCUCCGGCUGGGAGCCCCCCAGGCUGCCCCCCAGGCCCGCGCCACCGCGGCCCCGGGCGAGGGUGGGGUGGCCGGGUAAGGGGCCGGGGCCCCGGGUGAGGCUGGGGUCCGUCCCCUCUCACCCCACCCCCUUCGCGGCCAAAGUUUGACUCUGCCUUCCUCUCCCCCCUUCUUCUGUCUGUCUGUGAGUGCAGCUGGGCGCGAUGCUGAAGACGGAGCAGCCCUGGAUCUAACGCGCGGCGCCUCGGAGAGCCUUGCAGCAAUUGUGGCCCGGAUCCCAGGCUGAACUUUGCGCUUUCGUUUUCUUUUUACCCUUUUUAAAAUUUUUUCUCCUUUUUUCAAUUUUUUUUUUCAAUUUUUCGUUUUCCCUCCUGUUAUUGUUAACUAUCGUUACCAAACCGCUUCCGCCGCACCCUCCCUGCCAAUGCCCGUGUGAGCGCCGGCAGCUCGCGGGGGCCAUGGAGGGCUCCACCGGGUUUGGGAUCGAUUCCAUCCUCUCCCACCGAGCCAGCAGCCCGGCCGUGCCCAAGGGGGACCCGCUGGUGGGCGACGGCCGGUCCCCGCUAGAGCUGAGCCCCCGCUCGGAGGGCAGCAGCGGGUGCCCCUCGCCCCGCUCGCCGGGCCGCGAGUGCCUGGAGGCGGCGGUGCCGCGGCAGGGCCUGGAUGCGCUCCUCCAGCCGGGGCAGGUCUCGGCCCCCUCCCAGUCCCGGACCGUCACCUCCUCCUUCCUCAUCCGAGACAUCCUGGCCGACUGCAAGCCCCUGGCCGCCUGCGCUCCUUACUCCAGCACGAAUGGACCUCACGGCGGGCAGGAGCCGGCGGGCAGGAUCCCCACCAAGCCCGGCGAGGACUUUCGGGAGAAGAUGGAGAAAAACACCAGCAGCUCCUCCUCGGACUCAGAGUACAAAGUGAAAGAAGAAGGGGACCGAGAGAUCUCCAGCUCCCGGGACAGCCCCCCGGUGCGGCUGAAAAAGCCGCGCAAAGCCCGCACCGCCUUCACCGACCAUCAGCUGGCCCAGCUGGAGCGCAGCUUCGAGCGGCAGAAGUACCUGAGCGUGCAGGACAGGAUGGAGCUGGCCGCCUCCCUCAACCUCACCGACACGCAGGUGAAAACCUGGUACCAGAACAGAAGGACCAAGUGGAAAAGGCAGACGGCGGUGGGCCUGGAGCUGCUGGCCGAGGCUGGCAACUACUCUGCUCUCCAGAGGAUGUUCCCCUCGCCCUACUUCUACCCACAGAGCCUGGUCUCCAACCUGGACCCCAGCGCCGCUCUCUACCUGUACCGCGGACCCAGCGCGCCGCCCCCUGCCCUACAGAGACCCUUGGUGCCCCGCAUCCUCAUCCACGGACUGCAGGGCGGCAGCGAGCCCCCGCCGCCCCUGCCCCCGCUGCCCGGCGUCCUGCCCCGGGCCGCGCAGCCCCGGUGAG